AUGGCCGACUCAGGAUUGAGCCAAGACGAUUUUCGAAAGCUUCUACAAACCCCACGACAACCACCCGCCUCUUCUGACGCAGAAUCAGAGACACCUCGCUUCAAGGCACCUGCACCCAAAGCACCACGAAACACAGGUGCAGUAUUUGCCACACCUCAAUCCAUUCGUAAAAAACGACCACGACAAACUCCUGCCACAACACCAUCCAACUACCGCGAUCGUGCAGCUGAACGACGUAACAAUGAACAACAAGAAGAGGUAUCGACAGAAGAACUCUUACAAAAGACGACACGAGAACAAGACGAAACCUUAGACGCCAAACAAUUAUACGAACAAUCAAAAUACCUUGGUGGCGACGUCGACCAUACGCAUCUUGUCAAAGGCUUGGAUUAUAGCUUGUUAGAAAAAGUCAGGACCGAUCUUGGCAGUAAACUCGCUGACGCCAAAGGUGAAGCGGCUCUUGACGACGCAUUAGAUCGGCUCGGUCAAGAAGGCUCAAGGCUAAUAGUUGAUGACGACGACGGCGAAAACCACGAUGAAGAUGUUGAGCGCGUAGCAGUUCGCUCUGUCAUGGCGAAGAAUCUGGUUCACUUGGUAACAGCGUCAAAACAACAAGCGAACGAAUUAUUUAUGCCAGGACGCAUGGCUUUUGUAUUUGAGUUGGCGGAUGAAGUUGGGCAUUAUGCAGAUGCUUUUGCACUGCCAACGACUGUGAUUCGAAGCAAAGCCGAUGUGGUACGAAAACGAACGGAUUUGCAGGCAGAAACAGAGCUGGUUAUCAAUAAAAUCUCGCAAAUCAUGCGGCCACAACCAGCAGUACCAGCCAAGUCCGAAUCAGUUAAAAAGGAAGAGAAGAAACCAGAGCAAGUACGUGGCCCACCGCCGGUUAUUGACUCUGACGAUGAUAUUUUCCCGGAUGCUGGAACGGACUACGUGCUUGACGAGGAAACGAUGGAAAAGGAAAGCAGUAAAGACAAGCAGGCAGCUACUGUACGGAAUUAUUUUGGCAAUGACAAGCAGGCAGAUGAGGAAGAAGAAGAAGAAGAAAAAGAAGGCGACCAGAUGCGGGAAGUAUCAGAGCUACUGUCACAAGUGAAGAAGGGUGAUUCUGAGCAACAGCAACAGCUGGAGGAUAAGGAACAACAGCCAGUCAAGCGUCGAAAAUUCGAGGAGGAGGAAGAUGCCGAUGCCAUGGAUAUCGACAUGUAUGGUCUCGGUACUAGCGCAUUACCUACCUCAUUUGAAGAUCGACAACGCACGGUUGCCUAUGACUCUGACGAGGAAGACCAAGAAGAGCGCGGUGGCAGCGGCAGCGGAGCAGCAUCGACAUCGCUAGUAGAUCAAGGCACACAUCGUAACAAGAAGGCACAGCUUACACGAUGGGACUUUGACAAUGAAGAACAGUGGCAGAAGUACAAGGAUUCGGUGGAAAUUCAUCCGAAAAGCGCAUUCCAGUAUGGUGUCAAGCUUGGGGAUGGACGGAAGCGUAACCGAGAACAGAGACGAGGCAUGUCUGACAAACAAAAACUUAAUCGAGACUAUCAAAUGGUCAAAAACAUCAUGGACAAAAAAUACGGUACAAAAUAA